AUGGAGCAUACUCUGCAGUGCAAUGUGCUGAAGUGUCGCAAAGAGCUAGGCGAUCGCGCUCUCGUGACAACCUGUUACCAUAUCUUCUGCGGUGAUUGUGCGACCCGUCUUGGAUUGGCAAGUCAAAGACGGGAUCAGCCCACGACGUGCCCGGCUUGUGGCACAGUUCUAUCCAACCCUGACGAUGCCGUUAUCACCAACCUCAAGCCUAGCGAGGACUACAAGACAAGUGUCCUUAGUGGCCUUAGCCCUAAUGUUAUCAUCGACUGCGCAAGUCGAGCCCUGAGCUUCUGGGCCUACCAGGUCACCCAAGAAAUCAUUUUCCAACAGCAUAUGUCGAAGACACUCACAGAGAAGUAUUCCAACCUCAACGUCCACCUAGACAAAGUUGUCAACGAGGCCAACGCCGAGAUUGCAAACUGCUACAAUAAAUUAAAGAGCGCGGAGAUUGACCGUGAUGAUCUUCGCAAGAAGUACGAAGAACUUUUGCAAACAUGUAAAGAGAAGAACAAGAAGCUUCUUCAAACCCAGGAACUUUACGAUAAGCUUAAGAGAAAGGCAAUGCUUGGCCAGGUCCAAGAUGCCGCUGAAGAUGCUGUUAAGUCUAGCAUUCAGGCUCCGUUUAUGGACAACGAGGGAGUUGAAACUCAAGAUAUACCCUACUUCCAAUCUCGCGAUACAGUCUACGGACAAUCGACUUCUCUACGUGAGAAGCCAGAUAUGAGUGCCUACAAUUAUUCCCAGCCUAACCUACCAAGCCAAAUGACCGGUUGGCCGCGGACUCUGGGAAUACAGAGGGAUAUUCCUGUCACUCCAUCAACUCACCGUCAACGGGUCGGUGAUCCGACAAGUCUCGGCUUAUCCACGAUUCCUGGUCUUGUUGUUGGAACACCAAGAUCACCACGCAAUCCCAUGAAUUUGCGGGUGCCUCUCAGUAAUGUUCAAUCCAAUCGCAUUGUAGGCGGGAAUAUGAUUGUCCCUAGUGGACGGAUGAGCUCGGGGUUAAAGGUGGGACAAGGAGGAGACAGGUCUAGUAGUUUUAUGACCGCAUCUUCGAGACCUACAGCUACUCCAAGACAUAAUUUGAUACAGUCGUUUCAAAGCAACCCUGUAGCCUCGCAACCGGAUGGAUUUGGAACUAGUGUGCGAAAUGGAUGGGCUCGUUAG